GGACAGUCAGGUGUGUGCAGACGGUAAAUUAUUAGACGUGAUCGAUGAAGCUUGGCAAAAUGACUGUUUGCCCAUUGACGAUAUUGUAGUACCACCAGCAGAAUUACCUGAUCCGGAAAGUGACAAUGGCGAUUCGCAAAUGACACUAAAGGAAUUGGAACAAAAGUGGAAUAAUCUUGCUUUGGGCACACUCAGUGAAAAUCAUUUGCAUUCUCCGACACCGUCUCACAAUUAAUUAAGACUCAUAAUGGAUUUUCCAAAUCUGGGGGAAAGAUGUUCAGUCGAUGAAUGCAAACGAUUAAAUUUUUUGCCGUUCACGUGCAAUCAUUGUCGUGUAAUCUUUUGCAUGCAACACUUUCAGGCACACUCUCUCAAAUGCGAAAGUUUCCGCGACAAUGUGACAGAGACCAAGACAAAAUCUUUAAGUUACAUUUGCACAGAUGAGUCAUGCAAAGAAACUUCACCUAUUGAAAUGAAUUGCAUCAAGUGCAAGAAACAUUUUUGUUUGAAACACAGAUACCAUGGGUGUCUAGAAUAUUCCAAUGAAGAGAAGACAAUGAAAUUGAAAAAAUGGCAGAUACCAAAGAAACAAUUUGCAGAAGCAAAAGCUAUAGUGGAUCAAGAAAUUACAGUUAGUUUAAAGAAAUCUAAAAACAUUGCGAUGGCCAACAAAGUACGUCUUAUGCGUAUAAAGGGUUCUGCUGUUGGUCCUAAAAAUAUACCAAUGAACGAACGUUGCUACUUUCUUGUAUACCCAUCACCUAAAAUGUAUAAUAAACAUAUAGGACCAUCAAAGGGUAUUUAUGUGAAUAUGACUUGGACAAUAGGAAAAGCCAUUGAUUCGUUGGCUGACAUACUUAAAAUGUCCAACAAUAAUCAUGUAGCGGGUGCAUCUAGAUUACAAUUAUUUCAUCAUGCAACUGGUGAACUGGUAUCCAAUGAAAUGGAUACAUUAUUAACAAAGUUGCUAGAAAAUUCUGAACUUGUUGAUGGUCAAAGUGUUAUUUUAGAAUAUUCAGAUUGUGUGCCUAUAGAUACUUCUUUGUAUAAAUAAACUAAUUUACAAUGAAUAAUAACA